AUGCGAGAGGUGGUCCGGGGUGGUCCAAAGGACUCUGUCACAACGAGCGUUGGAGACAAGACUGACUCGGCUAGCAGCGGCAGCAGGCGAUGCAUCACGAAAAGAACAACAUUGGGUGCGAGUGGCACCCCGCAAGGGGCGGUCAUCUCUCCCCUACUGUUUAACAUCGCCAUGAGGGGCCUCUCGGACAGACCGGCCACAGUAACAGGAACGGGUCACGCCCUCUACGUGGAUGAUAUUACUGUGUGGUGCGUGGGAGGGUCUGAUGCUGCAGUUGAGAGUGUGCUCCAAGAGGCACUCGACAUCAUAGAACACUUCCCAGUAGACACAGGCCUGGAGUCACGCGCUGCUGAAGAGGUGACGAGCGCUAUCAAGCUCCAACAGGAAAGCAGGCAACACUACGAUCGCAGCGCACCAGACCAGCUCCAAGAAAAAGUAACCCAGCUUUCACGACUGCAGGAGAAGAUUCGGGAGCUCGGCGGCUCUACUUCUGCUUCCUCAACACCGUCAUUCCAGCCGGAUCCAGGCCCGAGCAAUGCCAUCUUGGGACAGCUCACCAAGGCCUUCUCUGCAAUGGCCCGCAUGAUGGAGAGAAUGAAUCCGCCCUCAGCAGCGACGACUAUUCAUCGUCUCACGAAGACCCUGCAGCCGACAGCCACCAAUGCCCCGCUGGCCUCCUUUUCUACUGCCACUGGUGCCACUGUGCCUACACUGUCAAUGCUGAAUGCUACUAGCGACGCGAGCAAUUCUAAGUCAGCAGCCCUGCCUCAACCAGCUGCGUUCCUGCACUUUGCGCACGCCACGGUGCAUAUUCCGGCCACAUUCAAUGCUGUCAGCGACGCUGAGAGCUCUCACUCAACAGCCACGUCGCAGCCGGCGUUCGUCGCCUCAAUGUCUCCUAUGACCAAGCUCCACACUGUCAGGGACGCCAAGAGUCUCGGAUCACUAACCAUGUCUCAGCCAGCAGCAUUCACCGUCGCCGCCACGGAAGCCGCCGCGUCUGUACCAACCACGUUGGCGCCUGUUGUAAAGAGCUGCAAUCAGACAUCAGAAUCGCAGCUGACCACGCUUACUGCAGCCGCUUCCACCGGAUCCACCAUUUCUGCCAUGCUGGACAGUGCAAACUCAAUGCCCGCCGAUGACAUUCCCAAUGUUUCGAGCUGUGUUCCUGUCGCCCCUACCUCCUUGAUCACUGUGUAUCCAGCUGAUGACUCAUUAGCGGAGAUGGCUUUCACGAUGUCCCCAGACAACGACCAUAAUACGCCAUCAUUGCAAAGCGGCUGGAGCAUCGUCAGUACCCGCUGUAAACUUGCCUCCGCCGCCCGCCCUCGCACCGAGCUCAUCUCAGUUGGGAUCCAACUUCCACCCGGUACCCUCACUCCCAAGCUGCCUCUUUACUACUUGCUCGCUGCCAUCAUCUCCGCCGCACAUCUCUCCUCCAAAAACAGUGGAGAGAUCACCCUUCAGGCCAAGCCAGCUCAGAGCCUUGUUCCAUCACCUCCAGGCUCCUACGCCGCUACAGUGAAAGGGCCCUCGGUGCAGGCAUCCUUUUCUUCCACUACUAUACCCUCCCCAUCCCUGAUUGACGAGAACCACUUUUUCGAUCUGCGGCUCACGAUGCUGGAGCGUCACCAGCGCGAACAUCAGCGCAUCUCCCAAGAUUUACAACAGCAAAUCCAUGUAUUGACACAAGCCCUAAAGACAACCACUUCCUCUCUUACAUCCCAGCUUACCAAGCUAAAUGAGCAGCUUGCCACGUUCAUCACCCCGUCCCCUAACCCAUACAAGGUCACCCCAUUGGCUGACCUUGUAGAAGCCACCCCCACCGCACACCACACUCGCUUGCUUCAGCUCGAAACUUCGAUUGUCCAGAUCCUCACCACCCUCCAAACCCAAUCCAAGCAAUUGGAAUCAUUCGCUUCUAUGCUGGGCUCCCUCCAGGAGUCACUCUACCCGGCCAAAAAGAAGGAACAUGUCCCCGGAAACUCUUCUACCUCUAACCUAUUGUAG